AUGACACGACUAUUCAUUCUUCCUGGAAUAUUCGCGAUAUCAUCACUAUCACUCUGGUAUAUGAUAUGUUCAGCACCCGGAUGGGAAACCGAAGGUGCUACGUUCGAGCUACCGAAGCAGUUCGAUAACUUCACCGCUCUCGCCGAUAAGUUUCGCCACUACAAGGACGAACAUUUCGGUUACAUUACGGCAAUUUUUGUUUUUGCCUAUUUGUACAAACAGACAUUUGCCAUUCCAGGCUCAUUUUUUCUGAAUGUGAUUGCUGGCGCUGUUUACGAUUUUUGGUGCGGAUUUUUUCUUUGUUGUGCAUUGACAACAGCCGGUUCAACGUUGUGCUAUCUGUUUUCCGAGCAAUUUGGCCGGGAAUAUGUUAUGUAUUAUUUUGGACAGAAAUUAACUUACUUACAACAGAAGAUUGAUGAUAAUUCGAAUCGUUUGCUGCCAUUUCUUCUAUUCGCACGAAUUUUUCCUAUCUCACCGUCAUGGCUAUUGAAUAUUGUAGCACCGUUUCUCAACAUACCACUAAGGAUCUUCGUUAUAUCGGCUUUUAUAGGCUUAGCACCGUAUAACUUUAUUUGUGUACAAGCGGGAUAUAUACUGUCGGAACUCCAGUCAUGGGAUGAUAUAUUCAGUGCCUCAACCAUGAUUAAGCUAUUCUCUAUUGCUCUUUUACCACUCGCGUAUGCAAUCUAUGUCCGGCCACGAGCGCACAAACAUCAAGUGAGUUUGACUUCCACGAAAGAACAAAAAAAAGUAAAAAGAAGUUUCUAUUAG